AUGCCCUCGGCUUCGCCUUGGGCAUCAUGGCGCGCAGUGCAGGAAUUUCAAACUUUCUGCCCUGAUAGUGUCCGCAGCUUUUCACAAUUAAGAAAUGAAUUUGCCGAUGUGGACACAUUUUACCUGGGAACUGGUGCAUCGAUGGGUAUCAGCGGUGCAUCAAUGGUUACUUCAUCUCCAGCUCGUAGAUCGCGAUCACGUGGACCGCCAACAUUACAAAUGACCGGAGCUAGUGAAGAAGUCGUUAGACAACGACGAGCACGUAGUAAAAGUCGUCCACGUGCGCUCUAUGCCGCUGAUUCUGAAGUUGUAAGGGUUAAUGACUAUAGUGUCGUUGAAGUACUGAGAGAAGAGCCAGCUCGUGUCACAAUAAGAGGACUAAGAAGAUCGUUUUAUCCCCCAUCACAUUUGCCACUAGUUGACAAUUCGCCGCCGGACAAGAAACUCCAACUCGAGUGGGUGUACGGCUACCGAGGCACUGACACUCGGAGAAAUUUGUGGGUUUUGCCAAGUGGAGAACUAUUAUACUACGUCGCAGCAGUUGCUGUGCUGUUUGAUCGAGAAGAAAAUACACAGCGCCAUUAUAUUGGUCAUACGGAAGAUAUUACUUGCAUGGAGAUUCAUCCGAGCAGGGAACUUGUCGCUUCGGGACAGCGAGCUGGAAGACAUCGUAAAGCACAGCCGCAUGUUCGUAUUUGGUCGACGGAAACUCUUCUUACGCUUUAUGUUUUUGGGAUGACUGAAUUCCAAAUGGGCGUAUCUGCUCUUGCAUUUUCUCAACUUAACGGAGGAAGUUAUGUUCUUGUCGUCGACUCUGGAAGAGAAGCUAUAUUAUCUGUUUGGCAAUGGCAGUGGGGUCAUCUUCUUGGAAAAGUUGCGACUUUACAAGAAGAUCUAACAGGUGCAGCAUUCCAUCCCUUAGAUGACAAUCUUUUAAUCACUCACGGUCGAGGCCACUUGACAUUUUGGAAUCGCCGUAAGGACGGAUUUUUCGAAAGAACUGAUAUCAUAAAACCACCAUCAAGAACUCACGUUACAAGUAUCCAAUUUGAGCAAGACGGUGACGUCGUAACAGCUGACAGCGACGGUUUUAUAACGAUUUAUUCAGUUGAUGCCGAUGGUGCCUAUUUUGUUCGAAUGGAAUUUGAAGCACACAACAAGGGCAUCAGUUCUUUGGUGAUGCUUUCCGAGGGUACUUUGCUUUCCGGUGGUGAAAAAGAUCGAUCUUUACAACGGCGAUUCAAUCAAGUUGUGUUUGGACACGGAAGACAACUUUGGGGGCUUGCUGUUCAUCCGGAUGAUGAAGUUUUUGCUACAGCAGGGCAUGAUAAAAAUAUCGCACUUUGGAGAAGGCACAAAUUGCUUUGGACAACUCAAGUUGGAUUUGAGUGCAUUUGCAUAGCUUUUCAUCCAUUUGGUGUAGCCUUGGCAGCUGGUUCGUCUGAAGGUCAUCUUCUUGUUCUUGCAGCCGAUACCGGAGCGGCGGUAGCAACUCUUCGCGUCUGUGGAUCUCCUUUAUCGUGUAUUGGAUACAAUCCAACUGGAGAAAUUAUUGCUAUGGGAUCACAAAAUGGUAGUGUAUAUCUAUUCCGUGUGUCCCGCGAUGGAUUUUCUUACAAAAAAAGCAACAAAAUUCGAGGAACUCAGCCAUUGGUCCAACUGGAUUGGAGCUCGGAUAGGGAUGUUAAAGCUCUACAGUCAGAAAAAAGUCCAAUUGUUAUGAAGGAUGUAAAGUGGCACACUCACAAUUGUACUGUUGGUUACAUGGUUUCUGGUAUGUGGAAUAAUCGAUAUUACCCGCUGACAACAGUAAUAACAACGUCAAGCCGAUCAGCAGCUCACGACAUGUUAGUGAGUGGAGAUGCUGAAGGUUAUUUGAGACUCUUCAGAUUCCCUUGUACUAGCGCGAAAGCUGAAUAUGUAGAAGAAAAAGUCUACAGUUCACUUGUCGCAUGUGCUAGAUUUUUGUAUAAUGACCAGAAUGUUGUAACUGUUGGUGGUACUGACGCAGCUCUCAUGCUUUGGGAAUUAGUUGACGAAUAG